AUGACCACCCCCAUUGUAUUAUAUACCACACACACACACACAUUCUCUCUAUUACUUUCUCUCACACAAAUCUAUCUAUCUAUCUAUCUAUCUAUCUAUCUAUCUAUCUAUCUAUCUAUAAACACACCUAUAUAUUCUUUCUCUUUACUUUUCUUUUCUAAAAUUCAUCGUAUUCUCUUCAGUGUAUUCUUUUUCUCAGUACUUAUUUUAGUUUUUUUUAACUCUUUCUUCUCUUUAUUUGCAAAUUUCUUACAUUUCUUUCUUCGUCUUCACUUCUUCAAAUAUUUUUCUUUCUUCUGUAUUCCCUUCUUUUCUGUAUCUUACCCAUUCUUUAUUCGUAACGUAACAAACGCUGCUGCUCCUGCGGAAUCAAGGACAAUAGAGACACUUGACCGCAGACGCGCCCGUCAAUCCAGGGACGCUGCUGCAACAGCAAGCGCUAGGGCUGCUGAGACACCGCUACGUAGGUCGAGGGCAGUAGAGACACCAACUCGCAGGCGCGCCCCUCAAUCCAGGGACGCUGUUGCAACAGCGACUGCUAGGGCUGCUGAGACUCCGCUCCACAAGUCUUUUCGAAAUGCUGCGAAUGCUGCCACCACUGCCAGGUUGAGGGCAGCUGAAACAUUUGACCGCAGGCGUUCCCGUCAAUCCAGGGACGCUGCUGCAACAGCUAGAUCGAGGGAGUCCGAGAGAGAGCUGCAGCGGAAAGCCCGCAAUGCCCGCAACGCUGCAGUGACUUCUGCUGCUGCUAGAAACUCCGAAGGCCCACAGAUAAGGGCAAACAGACUUUCAAGGCCUCUCGCCGCAUACGCCCCGACGGCGGCAUUCAGCGCCUUGCGGAUGCCCGUGGUAUUACCUGUCCUGGUAGCUCUUUUUUGGUCUUUCUUAGCAUUCAAUUACGACCCGGGCAUUGACUUAACUACGCGUGACGACCUAAAUGUAUGGCCCAUGACAUGCGUUUGCCAGUUCUGCAACGCCCAUAAAUGGGCCGGGGAGCCUGCCUGUCUGUGCUGCUACUCCGGCAAAGUGCGGCUGCCACGUCUGUUAUGA